CUAGUUUCCUUUUCCUUUUCUAGAUGCUGCUUUAACCAUGGCCAAGGCUGCUCUCUCUUUCUGGUCUAUUUAAAUUGGAAGUCCUGCCGUCUGAUAUGUAUAGCUGAUUCAGGUAAAAUAACAUUUUCUUUCGCUAUGUCUAGCGUAGCAAUAAACAUAGUUCAAAACUCGAUUCCGAGAAAUCACAUGGCAAAUACAAAGAUAGAUAGCGAGUUAUAUGAGUGUGUGAAGAAGGACAACAUUGAAGAAUUUGAAAGCCGCAUCCAGCAACGUUCAACAGAGAAGCUUGUGACUCCAUGUGGGAACUCAUUACUUCAUGUAGCUGUAAGCUAUGAAAGUGACAAUAUUACAUCUUAUCUGGCUCAAAAGUUUCCUUCUCUAAUCACCAUCCAAAACAGCCAGAAGGACACAAUCCUUCAUCUUGCUGCCACAGAAGGAAAGGCCAGUCAUACAGUUAAAUCUCUUGUGGAAUCGAAUCCGAGCUUGAUGAGGAAGAAAAAUACAAAGGGAAACACUCCUUUGCAUGAUGCAGUGGUCAAGGGCAACAAAGAACUUGCCAUUUUCCUAGUUUCCAAAGAUCCACAAGUGGCCUAUUACAACAACAAGAAUGGCAAGUCUCCUUUAUAUCUGGCAGUUGAGAACGGCAAUAAGAAAGAGAUACUUGGUGAUCUCUUGAAAACGGAAGCUUCGUUCCCUAUAAAAAGUGAAGAUGGUGAUGCCCUACCAGAAGGAAAGUCCCCUGUUCAUGCUGCCAUCAAGCAACGUAACAGAGAUAUAUUGGAGAAAAUUGAAAAAGCAAAGCCAGAGCUAUUAUGUCUCACUGACAAAGAGUUGGGAAAUUCACUGCAUUAUGCAUCAUCCAGAGGUUUUCAGGAGGGCGUUCAAUUCCUUUUACAAAAGUUUCUCAAUGGUGCUUAUAAAAGAAACCAUGAAGGCAACUAUCCUAUCCAUCUAGCAUGCAAAAAUGACUCUGUUGAUGUAGUAAAGGAAUUUCUGAAGAUUACCCCAUUUCCAAAAGAAUUCCUCAAUAAAAAAGGGCAGAACAUUCUUCAUGUAGCGGCGGAAAAUGGAAAGGGCAAUGUGGUUAGGUACAUACUCAGACAAGAGAAGACGCUCGUAGAACCGCUGCUAAAUGAGAUGGAUGAGGAUGGAAAUACACCUUUGCAUUUGGCAACAAAUCAUGGUCAAUCCGUGGCUGCAUUUGUUCUUGUGCUUGACAAACGCGUUGAUAGUUCGAUUGUUAACAACGAAAAUUUGACACCAUAUGAUAUUGCUGAACAACAAUCCAAAAUAGCUGUAGAGCAAUAUGAAAAAACAGAUGAAAUGCUUGCUGAGGAUCGAAAGCAGUUUGAUUCAAAGAACAGUGCCCCUGCGGACAAGAACCAGGACAAUGCAGUUGAUUCAAAGGAGCAUGACACGAAAAAGUCACCACGAAAGGACUUCAAACUGCUUGAUUAUUAUGGAGCGAUGACAACAUUAUCUAUCUUAUACUUCCAUGCCCGGCCUAGGAAAUCCCUAUAUGAGCGUUUCACUAGUACUCAAGGCAAGCCGCCAAGGAAACAGGAAACAAAGAGCAGGAUAGAGAAUCUUCUUGUUGUAGCGGUGCUUGUUGCUGGUGUAACCUUCGCGGGUGCUAUACAGAUGCCACAAUUAAGGGAUAAAACUAGCUCUAGUGAGCAUCUUCAUGAAUUUAACAGCACUACUACUGCCUCCCGGAACAGCACUGCCUUGGACAGUCCUACUGGUUCAUCUCUUUUGGAUGGUUAUUUAUGUCUUGAUGUGUGGGCUUUAAAUACCUCUGUAGUGGCAGCUAUAAUCCUUCUUUGGACAAACUUAAAUGAUGUCAAGUUUGCACCAUUUGCAGUUUGGUUUUCAUCCUUAAUGGUGGGUGGGUCUAUUUACAUGAUGUGCUUGUCAUUCUUUUUUGCCGUGAGCAUAGCAUUAGGUGGAUCCAAUUAUGGGGUGUUCGCGAUCAUCAUUAUAGUGGUGGGGAUAGCGUUUUUCGUUGCUCAAACAUUGCUUUACAUUCAAUGGAUUCUUCCACCAACCGUCAACCAAAUUAUUGAAGGAUUGGUCUCGCAUUAUGUCUACUACAUCUCGUUUUUCGUGCUUGUCUACAGUUGGAGGUGGCUGACUGAUAAACUUCCUGAUCUCCGUAGAAAGAAAUAGUAACUAUCCAGGUUGAUCUUCAUCAAGAGAAGUCAGGAUUCUGAGAGAUUGCUCUCUUUUAAAAGGUUAUUUUUGGGAUGAAUAAAUAUCUUGGAAUAUUUUGUGUGCCUAGCUAUUGAAAUAAUAAUUUGAACUUGUAAUAACUUCAGAGUUUCCGGUUGAAAUAAUGAAUUGAAUGUGUUCUAUCAA